AAUUUCAUUUUAUAAAAUAGUACCAUUGUUAAGGAAAGGAGUCGAGGUGUGGGUAAGGAGAUUCCGGAAAGGGGAAUGAACUAUUGGCAUUAGUUUCCCCAAAUGCCUUUGUACCCCCUGUAAAAAUCUGAAAAUCUUCAAAUUUCCUUGUAAACUAGUUUCUAACACACGCCAGAGUUAACACGCUUUGACAGCAGGUUCAGGUAAACUACUUUCAUUCAAACUCAGGUAGAAGUGACUGCCUCCAAUUCCACACAAUGUAACCCAUCUGGUAGUAGAUUCAGAAUGGUGUCAGUCUCAGGGACUUCUAUGCACAGAGUGCCCGAGUUCAGUCCCAUUUCAAGUUGGCACUGUUUACAAUGACACCUGCUGAAAUUUGCACCGAUACAUAAACAUAUUCUAUCAAGAAGCCAGUAGAACUGUUGAAAUGGCAGUUAAAAAGCAAAAGUGGCUUUACUUUUUUGAUUGUUUUGUUUUUGGGUCUCUUAGAAGAAGCGAAACUCGGCCCUCAUUGUUAUGCAGGUGCUGGCCAAUCACCUAAUCUGCGACAGUCCGAACCGCUAGGAUCGUGGGUAAAGCUGAUACGCCUGUAUCAGUUCUACAACCUGUCGCACACACCAGAAAGGGGUUCGCCGACGACUGGUAAGGACAAAGGAAAGUUUCUGUCAAAGUUCAGGAAGAGAGGAACUGCGCGGGGAGCAGUUUCAGAUCAUAUUUAACCCCAUUCGCGGAGGGACCCGACCCUCCGCAUGCUCCUCGGUCGCUGCUGGGCAAAGGAAAUGCGAGAGGAAGGUUUUUCUACAGGACAUCUGCCGCCUUGUCCCCGAGACGCGCGAGGUUCGCAGCGCCAUCAGUCAAAGGCUCGGUCUCUGCGGGUCUCGCUCCUCCCCAGAGUCGGCCCAGCCCGGCGUGCGGCGGAGGACGAGCGAACUCUGCGGACGCGCCCGCCGGAUCCCGGGCUGGCCCUGCGCUGGGCCCCGUCUCCACUCCCGGCAGUGCCAGGUCCGCCUGAGAACCCAGCUUCGGAGGCCUCACCGCUGCGGCCGAGCGGGCCGCGAGGCGUCCGCCUCCACUUCCCCACGCGCCGGCGCCAUGGAGACGGUCACGAGUCGCCGGCGGCUCCUGCGCUCACCAAUGGGAGCGCACGUCGCGGAAAGACGCGGACGUCGCUCUUCCAAGAUGGCGGCGCAUCCGUCGCGAGCAGCCGGGCCGGGGGGAAGCCAGCAAAGCCGAGUAAAGCCGCCGCCCGGGAGAGGACUGAAGGAGCUGUUUCGGCCGUUGGCGGCGGCUCGGGCAGUUUUCGCUGCUGCUACGGCUGUUGCCAUGCGGCGAGGCUAGGGAGGAGCUCACUUCCCCGGGGUGUAAUAAUGUUAACAGAGACCAGUCUAUCCAUAUGGGGAUGGGGAAGCCUUGGCAUUGUCCUUUCUCUAAUAACCUUUGGACCCUUUGUAAUAUUUUAUUUGGCCUUUUAUAUCCUCUGCUUUGUGGGUGGGGGUUUUGUGGUUACUCUCCUGUUUGGAAAAACAAACUCAGAGAAGUACCUAGAGCAGUGUGAACACUCAUUUCUUCCUCCAACGUCAACUGGGAUUCCUAAGUGCUUAGAAGAAAUGAAACGAGAAGCCAGGACUAUAAAGAUUGAUAGAAGAUUGACAGGUGCCAAUAUAAUUGAUGAGCCUCUCCAGCAAGUUAUCCAGUUUUCCUUGAGGGAUUAUGUCCAGUAUUGGUAUUAUACACUAAGUGAUGAUGAAUCUUUUCUUCUUGAAAUUAGGCAGACUCUUCAAAAUGCACUCAUUCAGUUUGCCACUAGGUCAAAAGAAAUAGACUGGCAGCCUUAUUUUACUACACGUAUUGUAGAUGAUUUUGGCACACACCUACGAGUAUUCAGAAAAGCUCAACAGAAGAUAACAGAGAGAGAUGAUCAAGCGAAAGGUACAGCAGAAGAUCUUGUGGAUACCUUCUUUGAAGUUGAAGUUGAAAUGGAGAAGGACGUUUGCCGUGAUCUAGUGUGCACUUCUCCCAAAGAUGAAGAAGGAUUCCUAAGGGAUUUGUGUGAGGUCUUAUUAUAUUUAUUGCUACCUCCUGGAGAUUUCCAGAACAAGAUCAUGCGAUACUUUGUCAGGGAAAUCCUUGCACGAGGAAUUCUUCUUCCAUUAAUAAAUCAACUCAGUGAUCCUGAUUAUAUUAAUCAAUAUAUCAUAUGGAUGAUCCGUGAUUCUAAUUGCAACUAUGAGGCCUUUAUGAACAUUAUUAAAUUGAGUGACAAUAUUGGAGAGCUAGAAGCGGUCAGAGAUAAAGCAGCAGAAGAAUUACAGUAUCUUCGAUCUCUAGAUACAGUUGGUGAUGAUAUCAACACUAUCAAGAAUCAAAUAAAUAGCUUAUUAUUUGUAAAGAAAGUAUGUGACUCAAGAAUACAGCGAUUGCAGUCAGGCAAAGAAAUAAAUACUGUGAAACUGGCAGCAAACUUUGGGAAACUUUGCACAGUCCCCUUGGACAGCAUUCUUGUAGACAAUGUUGCACUACAGUUUUUUAUGGAUUACAUGCAGCAAACUGGAGGUCAAGCACAUCUCUUCUUCUGGAUGACAGUGGAAGGAUACCGAGUUACAGCCCAACAGCAACUGGAAGUUUUAUUAAGUCGUCAGAAAGAUGGAAAACAUCAAACCAACCAAACCAAAGGUCUUUUAAGAGCAGCUGCUGUUGGAAUAUAUGAACAGUAUUUAUCAGAAAAGGCAUCUCCAAGAGUUACUGUUGAUGAUUAUUUGGUAGCAAAAUUAGCAGAUACUUUGAAUCAUGAAGAUCCAACCCCUGAAAUCUUUGAUGACAUUCAGAGGAAGGUUUAUGAAUUGAUGCUACGAGAUGAAAGAUUUUAUCCUUCCUUCAGACAGAAUGCACUUUAUGUGCGCAUGUUAGCUGAGUUGGAUAUGUUAAAAGAUCCUAGUUUCAGAGGAUCAGAUGAUGGUGAUGGAGAGUCUUUUAAUGGGUCUCCUACUGGAAGCAUAAAUUUGUCUUUAGAUGACCUUUCAAAUGUAUCUUCUGAUGACUCAGUACAACUUCAUGCUUACAUUUCAGACACUGUAUAUGCUGACUAUGACCCAUAUGCUGUGGCAGGCGUUUGUAACGAUCACGGCAAGACAUACGCAUUGUAUGCCAUCACUGUACAUCGGCGCAAUCUGAACAGUGAGGAGAUGUGGAAAACCUAUCGUCGCUACAGUGACUUUCAUGACUUCCAUAUGAGGAUCACUGAGCAGUUUGAAAAUCUAUCAAGCAUAUUGAAGCUUCCUGGUAAAAAGACUUUUAAUAAUAUGGAUAGAGAUUUUUUAGAAAAAAGAAAAAAGGAUUUAAAUGCAUAUUUGCAGUCAGCCAUGGCCAUGGUCCAGAAGCAGAUGAUUGUCCUUCUGAUGAAUUGUCAGAAGUUACUGUUGACUCCUGAAAUGAUGAAAGCAUCCCCAGCUUUGGCUCACUAUGUGUAUGAUUUCCUUGAGAACAAAGCCUACAGUAAAGGGAAAGGGGAUUUUGCUCGCAAGAUGGACACUUUUGUAAAUCCACUUCGAAAUUCUAUGAGGAAUGUUUCAAAUGCAGUUAAAUCCCUUCCUGAUAGCUUGGCAGAGGGAAUGACUAAAAUGUCAGACAACAUGGGCAAAAUGUCAGAAAGAUUAGGUCAAGACAUAAAGCAAUCAUUUUUCAAGGUGCCUCCUUUAAUUCCGAAGACUGACUCAGAUCCUGAACAUUGUCGGGUCUCAGCUCAGCUUGACGAUACUGUGGAUGACAAUAUUCCACUUAGGGUAAUGCUGCUUCUUAUGGAUGAAGUAUUCGACUUAAAAGAGAGAAAUCAGUGGUUGCGAAGGAAUAUCAAAAACCUACUUCAACAGCUUAUUAGAGCCACAUAUGGUGAUACUAUUAAUAGAAAAAUUGUUGACCAUGUUGAUUGGAUGACCUCACCUGAGCAAGUAGCCGACUUAGUGAAACGUUUCAGAGAUGCCUUUUGGCCAAAUGGCAUUUUAGCAGAGACUGUUCCAUGCAGAGAUAAAGCUAUUCGAAUGAGAACAAGAGUUGCAGGAAAAACUAAAUUACUUUCAAUUAUGCCAGAUGAACUGAAGCACAUUAUCGGGGCUGAAACAACACGGAAAGGUAUUCUUCGUGUUUUUGAAAUGUUUCAGCACAACCAGUUAAAUAGGAGAAUGGUUUAUGUCUUCUUGGAAGGCUUUUUGGAAACCUUAUUUCCACAGUAUAAAUUUCGUGAACUUUUCAACAAACUGCAUUCACGAUCAAAGCAGAUACAGAAAUAUAAACAGAAACUUCAAACUACUCAAGCGCCUUCUUUACAGAAGAGGUGACACUCCAAUCUCUGAAGCUGGUGUUCAUUUUGUCCAGGACUAAUAAUAUGGACAGAUCUUCUGGGGCUUAACUCAUAUACUGUCAUGUCGCACCAGUCUUUUAGUGUCUCAAAAUAGAUUAUUAAUACAUCCAUAAGACUGUGGUUCUUCUCAUCCUCGUCCAUAAUCAAGCCACUACCAAGAGAGAUUUCUGUGUCUCAAAUGAUUUGGUGCAUACUUUUGCAACAUUGAGAGAAUACUGCCCCCUUCUCAAGCAAGAAUGACAUUGGUCUCUUCCAUUUCAAACUAAUCAGCAUUCUCCAGCAAUGACAAAGUGCCAGAAUGUAUACGUGAGAGCUGAGGAAAGCACAAAACAAUGGUUCACAGAUAAACUGGCUAAUUUGUUUAACCGUGGGAGACUGAGCAAUGUAUGAUUUGGAGGGAUUUGUUUUUGCAUAAUAAUUUUAUAGAUCUUUAUCAGAAUUUUGAUAUAAUGUGGAUUAGCCAGGUGAAUGAUCUUUGGAACAUCUGCUUCAGGUCAGGGGAAAGUGACAGGAUGCCCUUAAAGUAUGAAGUAACCUUAUACCCUAAUUACAGUUUUGUGACAUAAAAUAAAACCAAUCAAAAACAGAAUUUGAUUGGAUUUGUUAUUAUUGGUAUAAAACAAAUUUUAAUUGAUCCUUACGUGCUUUGGGGCUCUGUUUUGCUCUUAUGGUACUCAAUCAUAAGUUUUCUUUUGGUGUUCUGUGUGCAAAAAGAAGCAUAUAGUGGCGCUCUCAGUUAAGUUUCAAAAUUAUUACAGUUUUCUUUAAGAGAUUACUGAUUACACAAUAGGGAGUAUAAUCUCGAAAGAACUGCCAAAUACAUUCUGUUAUUUUAAAAACAUGGAAAUUAAAAAAAGAACAGCACCAUUGAAAGUUACAAUGUGAUCAUUUUAAAUUGUGUGAUCUAGACAUACCUUAGGUGAUUGCAAAAGUAGCAAAUCAAAGGAUUAAAUGAGCUUUUAGUCAUAUGUAAACAGACAAAUUCCUAAUUCUAUUACUGUGUAUAUAUAUAUAAAAAUAAAUAAUGAAAACAGAACUAUAAUAUUUUUUAAAAUAUGCUUUUAUUUAUAUUUUGCAUAAUGUAAAAUUCUACUAAAUAAAGCAAGUUGGCAAAACCCCUGGGUGUAUACAUUUAAGUCCCUGAAAUAAUUUUAUACCAACAACAACAAAUUACCUUUUCCAGUUCUGGAGCCUCUGCAUUUCUUAUAGUUUUCUCAUUCUCCGUUUGUCCAUCUUGGAAGUCUUCAUAUCCCUUGUAUGCAGGAUUUCUGCAUAGUUUUAAAUACUUACACUGACUAAGGGUUUGGAUAUGUCAGCAUUUUUUGUUUUAAAAAUAUUUAACACUACAACCUUAAAAUAGUGAAGCUACUUAUCAGACCACUGAGCCAAGAUCCUGGUAUUAAAAGAACGUCUGGGUGCUUAAGAUAAAGGGACAAAGUUUCGGUAUCCCAGUUAUUUGGGAGCUUUAAGAUGGAAACAAGAUGUUAUUGUCUUGUUUUCACCGAGAUUCUACUUACAAAGUGAAGCCUAAUAACAGAUUAAAGCCUUCCUUUAAAGCUUUAUAGUAAUAAUAAUCAUCAUAUUUAUUAAUAAUGCUGUUGUGCAUACUUACAGUAUGCAUAUAUUCAGCAUGUAUUGCAUGUCUAAAGAAUUACAUAAAUGAAACCCCUUUCGUUGCAACUUGCAAAUGAGAAAAGAUCCUUAUUGACUCUGGCGGAAGAAAUAAUACUUUUUCUUCCCAGUGUAUUUCCCUGCCGUGGUCCCCCCCCGCCGCCCCCCAUGCCCCAGGCUUUAAAGGUGAGGAUUUGUGAAACAUGUCUGUAGGAAGCAUCAGCAUGGCCAUAAGUGCAAUGAUUCUCAAAUAUACCCUUGCCCAUUUCAAGUAUAUUUUUGACAUAAAUAAGUCUAAGAGUAAACAAGAAUUCAUUUAAGAGCCUAGUGUGUACAUAUGAAAAGCAUUUCCAGAUAAUGUGAGGAAUGCUGGCCAUCAACCAGGGAAAGAAAGAAAGGUCCUGCAAAAUUGCAACUUUUCAUAACAGAGCCCUGCAAGGUAACUGCAAUCAUACCAAAAACUAUAUGAGUAAAUGGGUUUUUUAAAUAAUUUUUUUGUUUCAAGAGUUUAUAUUUCAAAAGCAGAAAUGUCAAAUGGUAGUUUAUGUAAACGGUUGUGCGUCUUCUCUAUGCACAUCUAUGUUUUACAUCAGAGAGCUGUGGUCAUGCUAAAAUUAGAGAUACUUUUUGAAUGACUUGGUCAAGCUGUGUGUAAAAUAUUUAAUUCAUAAGUCAAGUACAGUGUACUAUGUUUAAUAAAGUUAUUACAUUUAAUGCAUUUAUUGCAUAUAUAAAUAUAUACCUGAAGAGGCUUUAAGUCUUCUGAUAUUUGAUUUUUUGAAUGUGUUUUUAAGUCAGUGGUGCCUUUAGGCGAGAACCUUCAAAAUUAAUCAUCCUCCUUUGGGUUUUCUGAUUUUUUUAGGUAACAAACUAUUUAGAAACCAUCACUACUAACAGUUGAUUCACCUAAAAAUUGAUUGUAUGAUUUAAAUAUAGCGCUUAGCUGGGCAUUUCCUCUGAUUGGGGUGUUCUGAAUAGUUGCUGAAAAAAUUGUGCCAUUGACCAAUGGAUGCACUUGGUUAGCCUUAACUUUUUUUUUAAAAAAAUUAAAAACUUUCUUGAAUAUUUCUGUUGGCUCAUCUUAAGUUUGUGCUGCUCGUGUUUGGAAAGAAUCAAACAGUUAAGUGCUACCAGAAAGUGUAUCAAUUUUUAAAAAAUUAAGAACAAUAUAAAUUUCACAAUCUAAAAUUUUAAUUUUGUGCAAUAUUUUCAUUUAAUGCAUGUGUAUUUGAGUAAUUGUAAAAUAAAUGAAUUUUUAAUGUUUUGAGAUCUAGUUUAAACUGUCUUCUUAACCCAACAACUUACAUUCCGUUGUUGCUGCAUCCUUUUAUUUAAGGACUUGUUUUAAAAGUCUUUUUUGUCACUCCUUGUAAAAUUCUUUUGUUACUGGUAAAUUUUGCUUAUAGGAGCAUGGCUCCUGUAUUACAAGGGAAAAAUAUAAAGAGCACAUUUUAGGAUUAUAGUUGUUAAAAGAUAACUUGUGCAUAACAUUGUACAGUAAAUGUCAACUGUGUGCCUAACUAUUCUAUCAAUACUUUCCUUCUUUAACAAAGAAGAAACAACAAUCAGAAUGUCAGUUAUUUUUAUUGAACUAAAAAGAAGAUUAAAAUUUUUAUUUGGUUUGCGUUAUGUUCUGUCCAUUAGAAAAUACUAAUAAAAUAUUAACAAACCUUUUUGUUGAAUUUAUUUAGUAGUGAUGUAUUCUUAUUACUUUAAAAAGUGCUUGCUCAAUGGUCUUAUUUUUAGUAUCUCUGUGUACUUUCCUUUCUUUUUAUUUUAGAAAUCAAGCAACUUAAGUUCCCUAGUGAUAGAAGAGCUGUUGAGUGAUUACUGAUAACUUAGUGAAUUUCAUUUUUCCAUUUAUGGGGCAAGUAAUUUACGACCACUAUGUUCUAGAAACUUCAUACUUAACCUAUCAUACAAAAUUAUAAAGUCAUUUUCCCAUAGGGAGAAAGAGCUGUACUAAGUAGUCCAUUAACAGUUUUUAUUUGAUCUCAUUUUUAAUUCAUAGUCUGCCUAAUAUUUUAGAUGUUUCACUUCUAAAGGCAACACAAUGUGGCUAUGUCUGGUUGGUCAUAAUAUUUUCAGUCUUGCAUCUGUAUCCAUAGACUUCUCAGACAUCAGCUGUGAGUACUUUUACCCUGCUAUGGACAGGCAUAGUAUUUGUCAAAGUGCAUCCUGUAAAAUAUUGGUCUCUUUAAGAUGUUUCUGAGCAGUAAUUUUAUACUUCUAUGUAACUUAUGCAAAUCUACGUACGCUUCCAAACCCUAAAAUGUUCCUUUACAAGUCAAAUGAUACUAUCAAAGUUUCUGAAAAGUUCUGGAAUAAAUAAGUCUAUUUAUUUUGUUUACCUAACUUUCCAAACCACAGAAUUUUUUUGUCAUCAACACCUGUUAAUAGCUUGAUAAUGUUCCCAAGGAACAUGAUUUGAAAAAUCUUA